AUGAGAAUUAUUUUAGUUAUCGCACUCAUUUUGGCCAUCGUCGCAGUUUCUUCAGCACAAAAAAGAAGAUUUUCAAGAAGAUGUAAAUUCUGCAAUAGAAUGAAGAGUUUCGCUGAGAGAAAUCCACAUCGACGCUUGUUCAUUCAUCUGAUUAAAAGAAUGUGGUUCUGUAAAGGCUGUGAUCCCAUUGAGGUUGAAGAUAAAUGUACACCAGAUCCUUGUAAAAACGAUGGUGAAUGCCAGUCUGAAAAUGGUUCCUGCAUUUGUCCUCCGGAAUUUUCAGGGCCUACAUGCGAAGAUCCAGUACCAUGUCUUUCAAAUGACGAACCGGAGCGAUCUUGUACCAGUAAUUGUUUUGGAACCGAGGUCAACCUGUUUUGUGAUGGAAAUGAAGUCUGUUGUGAUUUGAAGGGUCUGUGA